GGAUUCACCACACGGAGUGAGGGCUGGGCACCCUUCCUUCUCUAUGCACACCGACGGCUGCGGCCCCGCCGCCGGCGGAGAUUCCACGACCGAUCCUUCCUCCCCGUACUUCAUCGACACCGCUCACCCGUACGCCGCCGCCGCCGCUUCCGCGCUCACCUCUCACCGCUCCAAGUCCAAGUGGUCGCAACUCUCCUCCCUCCCGCUCCCCGACCCCCUUCCAGCCUCCGCCGUCUCCGCCGUCAUCCUCCUCCUCCGUCGCCGGCCGCACGUCGCCCUCAGCUUCCACAACUUCGCCCUCCGCCGCCUCCUCUCCUCCCCCUCCCCCUCCCCUCCCCCGCUGAUCCUCUCCGCCUCCGCCGCCCACGUCGCGGCUGCUUCCCGCCUGCGACGCGCAGCCAUAUCCGUGCUCUCCUCCGCCACCUGCCACUACUCCCCGGCUCAGAUCUUCAACGCCCUCGCCGCCACCUACCGCCGCUUCGCGUCCGCCCCCUUUGUGUUCGACCUCCUCCUCCUCGCUUACAUCCGGUCCCGCCGCGACCCCCUCGCCGCGGCCUCUAUCGCCCGCCGCUACCUCUCUGCCGGCGCCUGUCCGCUCCCCUCAACCACAGCAGCCCUCUUCCGUUCCCUCCCCUCCGCCGACGCCGCUCUCGAGAUGUAUCACCAAAUCUACACGCUUCCGGGUCCAAGAACCAACCGCUGGCUCCAGCCGACCGUUCAGACGUUUAACUCCCUCCUGCUCGCUUUGUACCGGCAAGCCAAGUACGAAGAUUUCAACAUUGUGCUCGGGGAAAUGGACAGGUAUUCCUGCAAGCACAAUGUGGGCACUUACAAUAUUCGGAUGGCUGCAUUCUGUGAUGGCAGGGAGAUGGAGAAGGCGCGAGGGUUGUGGGAUGAGAUGGUUAAUGGAGGGAUCCAACCAGAUGUUACUGCAUACAACACCAUGAUUGGUGGGUAUUGUGGUGCUGGGGAGGUUGGGAUGGCAGAGGAAAUGUUUAAGGACAUGGAGAUUUGUGGUAUUGAGCCAAGUGUCACAACUUUUGAGUGGUUGGUUCGAGGGCAUUGUAGGGCAGGGGAUGUCGAUGCUGCGAUGCUUGUUCGUUCAGACAUGAGGAGGAGGGGGUUUGGGAUUGGAGCAGAAGUUGUUGAGGAGGUGGUGGAUGGAUUGUGUCAGAAUAGAAGAGUUGCGGAGGCGUUAGGCAUUUUGAGAGCAGAGAUGAAGAGGGAAGAGUUUGCACCAAGUCGGGGAAGCUAUGAGGUGCUGAUAAGGAGGUUUUGUGAGGAAGGGGAAGUGGAGGUGGCGCUGAGACUGCAGGCAGAGAUGGCUGGGAAGGGAUUCAAGGCUGGCAGCGAUGUGUACCAUGCGUUUGUCUGCGCCUAUGAGAAGGCUGAGGACUAUGACAUGGUGGAGAGGUUGAGGAAUGAAAUGUCAGCGAUAGGCAUUGAGGUUCAAAUUGACCUGGCUAGUACUCAAUGAAGCAUGGUUUUAAAGCUCUUCAUGUUGCUUUUUUCGAGCCUUUAUGUUGCUGUUCAGAUAACUGGUUGGUUAUACUAUUUGGUUCAGGAGCACCUAGUGAACUUGUUGAUGCGAGUAUCCUGCCUACAAUUACUCACAUUCAUCCCACAUUCAUCUGUUUGCAUACUUGUUUCAUUGCUUGAAGGCUCAGCAUUAGGGAAAACCAACAAAUGGUUAUUUCUCCCCAUGCUGCUGAUUUGUCUGAUUCCCCUUCAAGGGGUGAUAAGGAAGAAGUAUGGUCAAAUCAAAUGGUGUUUGGUAGUUUAUACAACUAAUCAGCAAUGCAUACAUACAGCUCGGAAUGGAACUUAUUUGUUACUUGCACUUCAUAGAAUUCAUACCCUGGAAUCACAUAUUUGACGACAGCCCAGACAUCGAUCUUGGACUUCCACAAUGCACUCAAAUAGGUCCCGUCUGAUAAUCAGUGUACACUGGAUUGUUGGAGUAGUCAGCAUGCAAGCAACGCGAUCAUGGACAGCUUCAGAGUGUUGGCCCUAAGUAAAGCUUCCAAACAGUUCUUCAUGUUGAGCUUCACCUGUGCUUCCACCAUAGCUUUUAAUGGAUUAUUGACGAAGUCCAUAGUGAAGGCACUAAGAUCUUUCCUAUUUGAAAAACCAGAAUGAGGGUGAUCCUUUCAGAGAUCGUGAUGAAAGUCAAGCAGUAGCGGCUAAUUUGUAGUCACAGUCAGCUAGACGUAUGCAUUCUUCUAUCGGGAAUUAUAUCGGGAGAACGUUCUCUCUCCGGUCUCGCCGCGCGACGCGCUUGAGAGCGCACUCUCCUCUCUUUCCUGGCUGUUCAUAACGGGUUAAGGACUAAGCGGCGAUGUGAAAGCUAGUAGCAGCGACCCAAAGUAAUCAAGGCACAGAGGAGACGGGAGGUGAAGCCUUGGUGCUGGGCCUGCGUCGGUCAGAGUGUCAGACGCAUGCGUGACGGUGUGCAGUGCAAAUGCACUGUUCAUUAGUACUAGUGCAGCAUAAGUUAGCACGUAGCAUUGCAGUAGUACUAGUGCAUGCUCAAUGCACUGCAUUUUUCAUUUUUCACGUUUCAGAAAAAAAAACAAUAUUUACCAUGACAAGUCGAUGAAAAAUAACAGAAAACAUCCAAGGUACAAUGAAAAAUCACAGGGAAAAAUAUAAAAUACAAUGAAAAAUCACAGGGAAAAAAUAGUGCGCAUGUAAUAGGAAAAUCACGGUGCAAAUGUAUAGAGGAAACAUAUUGUGCAAAACAAUAAAAAUCCAAGAAUUUAGUGUGAA